AUGUUAUCCACGGAAAUCAGAAGUUGUCGUACAUUACAGAUCUCACACGGGGAGAGGCCAUUUUCCUGUCCCGACUGUGGGCUGUGUUAUCCGCUGAAAUCAACACUUGUCAGACAUCAAAAAAUCCACGCAGAUAAGGAGCUGAAUUUAUGUCCUGAGUGCGGGAAAUGUUUUUUAGAGAAGUCAAGUCUUAACAAGCAUUUGAAGCUCCACAAAGGUGAAAAGCCUUAUUCCUGCACUGAGUGUGGGAAAUGUUACCGAUGGCAAUCAAAACUCCUUACACAUAUAAGAUCUCACACAGGUGAGAAGCCUCACUUCUGUCCUGAGUGUGGGAAAUGUUUUUCAGAGAACUCAACACUCAUAAUACAUUACAGAUCUCACACGGGGGAGAAGCCGUAUUUUUGUCGCGAGUGCGGGAAAUGUUAUUCACAGAAGUGCCAUCUUUAUAGACAUCAGAGACUGCACAUGGGCGAGAAACCAUACUUAUGUCAUGAGUGUGGAAAAUGUUUUUCACACAAGUCCAAUCUUAAAAAACAUCAGAGGUCUCACUCAGGCGAGAAGCCGUAUUCCUGUUCUGAGUGCGGGAAAUGUUUUUCGCAGAAUUCCCAUCUUGCUAAACAUCAAAGGUUGCACACGGGCAAGAAACCAUAUUCUUGUUCUGAGUGCGGGAGAUGUUUUCAACGGAAUUCAGAUCUUGUCAUACAUCAAAGAACUCACACAGGGGAGAGGCCAUAUUCCUGUUCUGAGUGCGGAAAAUGUUUUUUACAGACGUCCCAUCUUUACACCCAUCAGAGGUCUCACACGGGUGAGAAGCCGUAUUCCUGUUCUGAGUGCGGGAAAUGUUUUCGGGCGAAAACAGACCUUGUUAUGCACCAAAGAUCUCACACAGGGGAGAGGCCAUAUUCCUGCCCUGAGUGCGGGAAAUGUUUUUUACAGAAGUCCCAUCUUAACACACAUCAGAAGUCUCACACGGGUGAGAAGCCGUAUUCUUGUUCUGAGUGCGGGAAAUGCUUUUCACGGAAGUCUCAUCUUGGCACACAUCAGAGGUCUCACACAGGUGAGAAGCCGUAUUCCUGCUCUGAGUGUGGGAAAUGUUUUUCUCACAAGUCCAGCCUUACCCUGCAUCAGAGAUCCCACACGGGGGAGGGGCUUCAUUCCUGUCCUGAGUGCGGGAAUUAUUUCUCACAGACGUUCAACCUUUUCGGUCAUCACAGAUUGCACAUAGGUGAAAAACCAUAUUCUUGUUCUCAGUGUGGGAAAUUUUUUCCACAGAAGUCAGACCUUGUUAUACAUCUGAGAUUACACAUGGGAGAGAAACCGUAUUCCUGUCCUGAGUGCGGGAAAUGCUUUUCACAGAAGUCCAAUCUUUCCAAACAUCAGAGACUGCACACAGGGGAAAAACCCUAUGACUGUCCUGAGUGCGGGAAAUUUUUUUCGCAGAGGACCCAUCUUAACAGACAUCAGCGAUUGCACACGGGGGAGAAGCCGUAUGCCUGCCCCGAGUGCGGAAAAUGUUAUACACAGAAAUCAGUCCUUGUUAUACAUCAAAGAUCUCACACGGGGGAGAAGCCGUAUUCUUGUCCUGAGUGCGGGAAAUGUUUUUCAGAUAAGCCUAUUCUUUCCAGACAUCAGAAAUCUCACGCUGGUGAGAAGCCAUAUGCCUGUCUCCAGUGUGGGAAAUGUUACAUGCAUAAAUCAGACCUUGUUAAACAUCAACGAUCUCACACGGGGGAGAGGCCACAUUCAUGUCUUGAGUGCGGGAAAUGUUAUAUGCACAAAUCAGACCUUCUUAAACAUCAGAGAUCGCACACAGGGGAGAGGCCAUAUUCUUGCCCUGAGUGCGGGAAAUGUUUUUUACAGAAGUUCCAUCUUUACAUACAUCAGCAGUCUCACACAGGGGAGAAGCCGUAUUCCUGCACUGAGUGCGGGAAAUGUUAUACACAGAAAUCAGACCUUGUUAGACAUCAAAGAUCUCACACAGGGGAGAAGCCGUAUUCCUGCCCUGAGUGUGGGAAAUGUUUUUCACUGAAGUUCCAUCUUGACACGCAUCACAAGUCUCACACGGGGGAGAAGCCGUAUUCCUGCCCCGAGUGCGGGAAAUGUUAUACACAGAAAGCAAAACUUGUUAUACAUCAGAGAUCUCACACGGGGGAGAGGCCGUAUUCCUGCCCCGAGUGCGGGAAACGUUGUUCAAAUAAAUCAGACCUGGUUAAGCAUCAAAGAUCUCACACGGGGGAGAAGCUGUAUUCCUGCCCUGAAUGCGGGAAAUGUUUUUCAGAGAAGUUCAGUCUUUCCAGACAUCAGAGAUCUCACACGGGGGAGAAGCCGUAUGCCUGUCCAGAGUGCGGGAAAUGUUAUAUGCAUAAUAAAGAUCUUGUUAAACAUCAGAGGUCUCACACAAUAGGGGCUUCUGUCCACAAUUAA